UAUACAUGCGUGAGUAUUCUGUGUUGCCUAUACAAAAUGUAAGAUGUAUGAUGAAGGUUGAACUUUAAAACUCAAAUUGAAAUGCAUGAAAGGGAAUUAACGUUCUUUAUUUCCAUGAAAAUGUUUUUCUACAACUCGAACAUAAAAAAAAUAGAAGAGCCGCACGUUGAAUUUUUCUCCCACUUCCUGCCACCUGUUUUCUUUGUACCUGUGUUACGCGUUUCACGUUUUACCUGUCCGCCGCUAAUGGUCCGUCGAGUCACCUGAAAUAUGGUACACCGAAGUCACGCCCCCACUUAUCAGUUAUCGUUUUCAUUUUUUACGUGUAGCUCGCUGAAGUGAAAUCGCUAGCAAUAACAUCCGUCCAUACGCUUUACAAAAUGUUUUUAUAAAUCUAACGCAGUAUUUCAUAAAAUGAGUGAACAGUCGAACGGCGGUCCAACGGUCGAGGCAGGCCAUGGAAACAUCGGAAAUGGGGCCCCGGUGGCCCCACAACCUGCUUUGACUGCCAGGACGUGGGUGAAAUUCGAAGAGGAGCCCCCCGCAGGCGGUGGGGCCGAGAAAAACGAUGCCCCCGCGGUCCUUGCAGCUGAAAGUGUACAGGUGAAUCUAGAACGGAGCCUAAAUAGGUCCAUUGAGGCCCCACCGACAAAUAAUGUUGCUGUGCUGGACCCCAAAAGGCAGCUGAGGAAUGUGGAAUUGCCAGUUGCUACCGUCGAGCCCAUCCGGCAAGGAUUUUCUAAUGGUGAUAUAAUUGUUACUCUUCUUCCUGUAAAUACUCAAUGCCCAUGGAUCACUCCUGCACAAUUCCGUCCAGAACUCGUCCCUGAAGAACUAAUGGCACAAGGAUUAACUCUAACUGUAGAAGAGUAUGUCCAAGCAAUGGAGCUCCUAGUAAACGACGUUCGAUUCUCUUUGUACAACGUCUGCUACAAACGCGUGCUGGUCUGCUGGAUCACUGUGGCCUUCAUAGCCCUUUUAGGGCUGCUUUUCUCCGGCCUCACCGGUUUGGCACUUUUUGGCCUCGGUAUAGGCUGGCUGGUGCUCAACGCGGGCGCUAUUUUUCUCUCCAUGUACGCCAAAUACAGGUUGCAACGCGGUCUCGAAAAGUGCCUGGCCCAGGUGAACAAACAGCUGCUCAGGCACAAGCUGGUCUUGGCAUUGGAUGAUCGGGGGAAAAUUAGCUGCCAUAAGGUGACUCUAUGCUUUAUCUAUAUGGACUCCGCACCAUGCAUAGCACAUCUGCAGUCUAGCAUCGACCAACAGGAACGGGAACCUUCCAGUGGCUGGGAAAGGAGAAUGGACAUUUCCGCGGGAGAUAUUGUCAUCCAGGGUAGUCGGACCACUAGACUAUCCAGAAAACAGGGCCGAUCCGAACAGCUCCUCCUCCGUCACAUGCAGCGCUGGGCCAAGGACUUCCUACGUCGCCGCCUAGACUGGGCGUUGCUGGACGCCGGUGGGCAGACGCUGGGCGCCGGCGCAAGUGCCCGUCCUAGACAUCUGAACACCGCUCUUUGUCCGUGCCAGUACGUGGAGGAGUUACUGGCGGAUAGACAGGCUCCCGGUGCUGAAGCGGAUGCGGCGAGAGAUUGCUGUCCGUGGUGGUCGAGGACAAUGGCCAGGCUAGGCAUAUACUAGGGAACGUGCCACGUUGUUGUACCUCCGCUACGCCUCCCGUUGGGGCCGGGAGCGAGUGCGCGGACGUCUCGACGUCGCCGGGACCAGCAGAGGCGGUCGGCACUGCAUCACUUCCGCCUGCCCCUGCCAGUUCACCGAGGAGCACCUCAUGUGCAAACCACCAGGGCAUCCUUGCAUGUUUUUCUACUACUUAACAGACCACAAUGCAAGCAAUGACCCAACUUCUAGAAUUGAACCUCACAUGUACCAUUAGCUUUUUAGAAUUAAAUUUUAAUGCAUGUUACUCAAGUUUUAUCAUCAUGAUAUUGUUUAUUCUAUACAUUUUAUUACAAUAAAAGGCCUAUUAUAUUUUCAUAAUAAACA